AUGGCCGAGGGCGAGUCGAAUUUAUCAGUCGGCCGUGCACGGUUUGAAGUGAUCUACUUAGUUCGUCAGACAAAACACAGACCACGUUCAUUAUGCAAUCGCUGGUGGUGUUGUUCGCUCUCGCCUCGGUGGCGUGCGCCUCUUACAUCCCCCCUGGCCCAGCCGGCGCACCACCCCGCCCUGGUGCUGGACCCCCACGGCAGGCCCUUGGACACCGCUGAAGUGAUCCACGCCCGGGCAGCCCACCUCCAGGCUAAGGCUCUGGAACCACACGCAGCCGUCGCCGUCGCCCCAGUGGCCGUCGCCCACUCAGUGGUCGCCGCCCCUGUCGCCCACGCCGUGGUCGCCGCUCCCGCCGCCGUCUCGCACCAGUCCCGCGUUGACGUCCGUACCAGCCCCGCUGUCUACGCUCACGCCGCUCCCGUCGUAGCCGCUCACGGUGUCUACGCUGCCCCAGCCUGGGGACACUCCGCUCUCGGAUACGCCGGACACGGACACUACUUGGCCAAGCGCUCCCUGGGACACUACGCCUACAGCGCCCCCAUCGCCUACCACACCCCCGCCUCCGCCGUCUCUCACCAAUCUCGUGUGGAUGUUGUCUCUAGCCCCGCCGUAGUGUCGCACGCUGUCGCUCCCGUCGUCUCCCACGCCGUCGCCGCCCCAGUGUACGCACACGCUGCCCCAGUCGCCAUCGCCCCCGCCGCCGUGUCGCACCAGUCCCGCGUCGACGUCCGCAGCAGCCCCGCUGUCGUCUCCACCGUCUACGCCGCUGCUCCCGUAGCGCACUCCGCCGUCUACGCCGCUGCUCCCGUGGCGCAUUCCGCUGUCUACGCCGCUCCCUUAGCCCACGCUGCCGGCCAUUACGCGCACGCCUGGUGA